CGGGACACGAAGCGGAUGUACGCCAUGAAGUACAUGAACAAGCAGAAGUGCGUGGAGCGGGGCGAGGUGCGCAACGUGUUCCGGGAGCUGCAGAUCAUGCAGGGCCUCGAGCACCCCUUCCUGGUCAACCUGUGGUACUCGUUCCAGGACGAGGAGGACAUGUUCAUGGUGGUGGACCUGCUGCUGGGCGGGGACCUGCGCUACCACCUGCAGCAGCACGUGCGCUUCCCCGAGGGCGCCGUGAGGCUGUACAUCUGCGAGCUGGCGCUGGCGCUGGACUACCUGCAGCAGCACCGCAUCGUCCACAGGGACAUCAAGCCGGACAACAUCCUGCUGGACGAGCACGGACACGUCCACAUCACGGAUUUCAACAUCGCCACCGUGGUGAAGGGGGCGGAGAAGGCUUCUUCCAUGGCCGGCACCAAGCCCUACAUGGCCCCAGAGGUGUUCCAGGUCUACGUGGACGGAGGCCCCGGGUACUCCUACCCCGUCGACUGGUGGUCCCUGGGCAUCACGGCCUAUGAGCUGCUGCGGGGCUGGAGGCCGUACGAGAUCCACUCGGCCACGCCCGUGACUGAGAUCCUGAACAUGUUCCAGGUGGAGCGCGUGCACUACUCCUCCACGUGGUGCAAGGGCAUGGUCGCCCUGCUGAGGAAGCUCCUGACCAAGGACCCCGAGAGCCGCCUGUCCAGCCUCGGCGACGUUCAGAGCACACCCUACCUGGCCGACAUGAACUGGGACGCGGUGUUCGAGAAGGCGCUGACCCCCGGCUUUGUGCCCAAUAAAGGGAGACUGAAUUGUGAUCCCACGUUUGAACUUGAAGAAAUGAUUCUCGAAUCCAAGCCGCUUCACAAAAAGAAGAAGAGGUUGGCGAAGAACAGGUCCAGAGAGGGCACGAAGGACAGCUGUCCGCUGAACGGACACCUGCAGCAGUGCCUGGAGACCGUGCGGAAGGAAUUCAUCAUAUUCAACAGAGAGAAGCUGAGGCAGCAGGGCCCGGGCGGCCAGCUGCUGGACCCCGAGGGCCGCGCCGGGAGCCAGGCGCCGCCGGGCAAGCUCCAGGACGGGUGCAACAACAACGUGCCGGGCCCGGCCUGCGCCCGCGGCUGCAGCAGCUGA